GUGCACAUGCUGGUUCACAAGUGAAAGGAGCCACCUGUUAGUGUAAUAUUCUCUGAACACUUGCUCACGCCAUGAAGAUCUCCUCCCCACGCUUGGCUGACCUUACUGAGAAGGGACUGGGGAAGCAGAGAGUCACAGGAUCUGUAACAGUAACAUGAGAGAGAGAGAGAGGGCCUCUGCUAUCAAAUAUCUGGAGUCUUACCAAGGGGCUGAACCAGGCCCCUGGAGACCACAAGCCAACAGCUGCAUCCAGCAUGUGACUCAUGACAUCCUGCUUCCCUCCACCAUCUCCUGGUGCUUUCCCUCGGCCUUGCAGUCGGUGACCGAGGAAGAACCAGCCAGCAGUGCUCCCUUGUUCUGUUGCUCAAGUGCUGCCGGGUCGGGGUGGGGGGGGUGGACCGGCUUCCUUAUGCCUCUCCCAAUGGAAUACAAGUCCUACCCGAGAGACCACCACACCAUGGACAGCCUGGAGAGGCAGCUCAUCUGUCCCAUUUGCUUGGAGGUGUUCACCAAGCCGGUGGUGAUCCUACCCUGCCAGCACAACCUGUGCCGGAAGUGUGCCAACGACAUCUUUCAGUCUCGUGGGACAACCCUGGGGUCCGCAGGCAGGUUUCGCUGCCCGUCCUGUCGCCAUGAGGUGGUCCUGGACCGACACGGUGUCUACGGCCUGCAGAGGAACCUGCUCGUUGAGAAUAUCAUUGACAUUUACAAACAGGAGUCGGCCAGAUGCCCCAACAGCUCCAGGCCCCUGCUAAAAACGGAGCAGCCGCGGUGCGAGGAGCAUGAGGAGGAGCGGAUCAACAUCUACUGUGUGACGUGCCGGGUUCCCACCUGCUCCCUCUGCAAGGUCUUUGGGGAGCACAAGGACUGCGAGGUUGCACCCCUGUCCGACAUCUACAUGCAGCUGAAGACCGAGCUGACAGAUGGGAUCGGAGCCCUUGUUGCCGCCAACGACGGGAUCCAAGCCUUCAUCGGUCGCUUGCAAGACACCUGCAAGAACAUAGAGGACAACUGCAAAGCCCAGAAGCAGGCUCUGUGCGAGAAGUUCGACCGCAUGUAUGCCAUCCUGGAGGAGCGCAGGAAGAUCAUGCUGCAGCGCGUCACCUAUGAGCAGGAAGAGAAGACCCAGCACGUGAAGUCACUUGCCAGGCUGUAUGGGGACCGUGUCGAGUCUGCCUCCAAGCUGGUGGACACCGCGCUGCAGUCCAUGGAAGAGCCACAGAUGGCUGUCUUUGUGCAGAACGCCCGUGUCCUCAUCCAGAAGAUUUCAGAGGUGACCCAGAGCUGUCAGCUGGAGGAGAUGGAGUCCGGCUAUGACAACAUGGAGCACUACGCAGUGGACUUCAAUGCAGAGGAGCGGGUGCUCUACCAUUUGGACUUCAUCAGAGUGGAAGAGGAGCCUGGAGAAGAGGGAGAGGAAGAUGCUGAAGGGACAGCAGCAGAGUCUGCGAGGGCCGAAGGGACAGCGUCACAGGGCAAGGGCCAAGAUAAUGUCAUCCCGAAUGGCAAGGAAGAGGAGGAGGAAGGGAAGGCCUUGACGAUGAAGGAGGCUGAGUGUGAUGCUGCGGGGGAAGCUGAUGGCAUGGCCACCCCUCUGGGUUUAGCUCAGUUUGGAUCAGUUGCCCAGGCUGGCAAGGAGGCAGCAGAGGGAGACCCUGGGCCUGGCCAGCAGAAAGAUGCGGCCGCCCUGGAUGGAGAGCUGAAUGCUGCUGUCCCAGAUGUGCCAGGAUUCCUGGGCCAUCUUGCUCCCCCCAGCCAUGCAAAGGGAUCUGCCCUCGAAACUCCAUCCCUGGGGAACGCUGAGACAGAGGAAGCCGCUGGCUUCGGCCCUGCUGAGGCAAUCACUUCAGACAGCUCAGCAGGGAGCAAGAGUGAUGAUCUAGGCAAGAGCUGUGUUGCUGGAGCUGCCCCAGGAGAAAGGCCUGGAGCAGAGAAGGAAACAGCAUCUGCUCCCUGCCAGAGCUUCAAAUGCAGAAGCAUCACGAAAGCCCGCCGGAUCCUGGCCGCAGCAGCCACAGAAAGGUCAGUAGGUCAAUGAGGGACUGCACUGCGA